CAAUAACAUGUUCCUAACCUAGUAAUGAUUUCAAUCACGAAAUUGAUAUACAUAUUUUAAAAAUUGAGUUUUUAAAUAAAAUAAUCUUGAGGUUAAAAGUUAAAGUUACAGUAUAAUAUAAUCUUAAGUAUUCUUUGCAAGAAUUAUAUAUAAUACGAAAAAUUAAUUUUAAAUAAUGAUAGGAUCGUCAGUGAUACUUAGUACAUUAACAGUACGAAAUUUAAAUGUUUAUGAUCAUUUAAUAUCCAAUGGACCUUGUAUUCAAUGUGUACGAUGGAAAAGAAAACCAAUUUGGUUACCAACAGCAAAAUCUAAGAUAUUUAGAGUACCAGAAAGACCAGUCAUACCUAUAGAAGAUUACUGUGAACUUAAACGUUUGUUCAAUAAUUAUAGAACAAUAAUGAAAUCUUUAAUGUGUUUUUUUGUUCAAAAAGAAGAAGAAAAAAAAAAUAAUUUGGAUUUUAAUAUUAUGAAAGUAAAUACAGAGAAAGAUUUUGAAAUAUGUUCUUAUGUAAAUAGUCAAUGGAACGAAAAAAUAGCUAUGAUACGACAAAAAAGAUUAAGUCAAGAGAAAACACAUCGUAAAGAAGAAAUUCAAAAAAAAUUAAAAGAAAAAAAGGAAAGAGAUUUGAAAAUGCAAGAAAUUAUAGAUGCAAAUAUCAAAAAGAUGAAAAAUGAAGCUACAACAUUUAUUACACCUAAAAAUAUAGAUCAAGCUAUUUUAAAUGCAUUGGAAAAUAUUAUAGACCAUAAUAUAGCAAUUGAUCGUAAUGGUAAUUUUUACAAAGGUGAACCUAAAAAAAAUGAAUCAUCUACUACAUCUAAUUGAACAAGUUAAAAUAAAUGUUACAUUAUAAAUAUAGUUUGUAUCUUAGAAAUUUCUCUUAAUAAACAAAAUAAACAAAAUUUUUU